UAUGCCUUAUGCCAGGAUUGUCAGCCCUUUUGGACGAUAACUCUAGCGAGCGUGCCAUGAAGUUGUGCCGAGCAUUUUGUCUGCCAGUUGCAUGCCGGCGUCGGUUCUGCACUGCUGGCUGGCAUCGGCUCUCUUGCCGAUCGUCCUCGGCGGUAAGCCACACCUCAGCAACGGGCAGUCGUCUAGCAUCGGCCCCAUCCUCGGCUCGGCACUCCGGACGCCGCACCCGGAGUGCGGGGAGGAUCAGGUGAUGCUGCAGCCGGCGGUUCAUGAAGGCGCUAUACCUUCUUCAGAUAAGCGCUGAAGCUUGUUUUAAAGUUCCCGGGGCCUGUCAAAUGGGCGGUAUGCCGUAUCGCUGAACCUGGAGU